AUGGGGAAGUCUAGAAAACUAAAGAACCUAGUAAAGAACGUGCAGUUUUUCGUCAAAAAAUGUAGAGAGAAAAAUAAGAAACUGCUCUCCCUGAGUAGUCUGGAUGAAAAAGACGAAACAUUCAACUCGGGAAUAUUCACAGAUGAAAAAACAAACGGUAGUAAAAGCUUCAAGGAAAAUUCUGCUGAAAAUAUUUCUAAAUUAUCAAGCGAAUCCAAGUACGACAUAACACACGCAGAUUUCGCCACUUCUUAUGGCAGCCAGUUGACAAGAUCACAGACACAGGGGAAUUUGCGUACUUUGUCUGAUUAUUUCGACAGAAGAAGUGGUAAGAAAAUCGUUAAGUUGGGGAACGAUGGAAGGAAGAGAGAGGUGGUCGGGGGAAGUAUGGACGAAGGUGUAUCAUUGAAUGAUGAAGAAGAAGUGAGAACGGCAAAGAGUGACACUAGCAGCGUAGAAAUUAAGAAGAAAAAACAGUCCAAGGAAAGCAGAAUGGAGGCAAUGAAAAAUGAAAUCAUGGAAUGCGACUUGCACCUCCUCAGUAUAUACAAAAGGUUGGAAAAGGGGUCGAAAAGUGGGCGGGUGCUAAGGAGAAGUGGGGCAAAAAAGGGUGCUGGUAAGGGCAGCGGCACAGUGAACAUGAAGACCCAUAUGAUAAAGACGUACAAUUCGGAGGUUAUGAGCAUAAAGCAAGCGCUUUCCCUGCGGAGGGGAACGACCCACGGGAAAAGGAAAAUGAGGAAAGGUGGCAGGGGAAGGGGGGAUGAAGAAAAAGACAGAGGUGGUAGCGGAGUGGGCAAAGGCAUGGGGGAAUCCACAAAGGAACAUACAAGUACAGGAGUGAAAAAGAAAGCACACGAUGAACGCAUCGAAAUUAAGAACAGCUUCUCAGGAUAUACUCCCCUAUUUGAUUCCAAAAGUUCUUUCCUAACACGAGAAGAAACCUUUUCCAAAUAUCAUCAGAUAAGUUCUUCCAAAAACACAUUUGACAAUUUUUAUUUCUUUCAAGAAGGACUAGCGAAUAGAUUGAACAAGAAGCAGAACACGUCCUCCUUCGACAUUGGCUGUAUGUACAUGAAUCAUGCUAUAAGCACAAAGAGUUCCAAAGAUUUGGGGACAAAGAGGUCGAAGGAAGUAGCUGUUCCUACCACGACUGCUACGGCUGCUACGGCUGCUACUACCACUACUGCCAAUAGUACCUUUCUGGGUAGCUCCAAAAGUUUCCGUCGUUUCAAAUUUUUAAGUGACAAUAAAAAGAACAUUGAAUAUUAUAAGAAAAUGAUAGAAAGCUUGGAAGGGACGGUGGAGAAGUCGAAGAGGACAGGUAACAAGAGCAGCAACAAGAGCAGCAGCACUGCCACGACCAACGGCAUCAGCUCCAUAGACAGCAUAAUUAAAAUUAUAAAUUGCCUGCUUCAUGAUUAUGUGCCAAAGUUGAUUGACAGGUAUGAGUACUACAUGAACACCCUAGAUGAUAGGAACAAAUUACUAAAGCAGAAAAUUAAGGAGUCCCUCGACUUUGGGGAUGUUCAAUAUGAAGAAAUCAGGGAAUUAAAAUCUCAGGUGAUGCAAAAAAAUCAGGAAAACAAAAAACUAAAUGACACUAUAGAAAUGUUGAAGGAUAAAUUGUCUUAUGUUAACGAGCUUGAGUUAAAAAAUGCAGAAUACCUGGACGAAAUUAUGCUCAUGAGAAAUAGGGUUACCUAUUUGGAGAGACUGAUUGAAGAAAAUGAUCAAUCGAAGGAAUCACAUGAACUAAGGAAGAUGAGGCAUAACUUGAGAAGGCUAUACAAUAAAAUGAAAACUGAGAUGAGGUACAUGAAGACUUUAAAAUCGAGAUCUUUUAAGCGGCACAAGAGGGGAAAAUUUUCUAUUAAGAGGUGGAUUCGUUUGGAGGAAAGGAUAAGUGAGCAUCAGGCGCGCAUGCUUAGCCUUGAGCAGCAAGGGGUUGCCACUUCUUCGGAGCUGGCUGAUGAGGGGGACGGACGCGUCAUCACGUUGGAUUUUAACCAGUUGGUGGAGAAGCAGGAAAAAGAACCAAAGCAGUACGAAGACAAAAGCGUAGACACGAGUGAUAUGCAGGGCGUGGAGAAGCCAGAUGACGUUGUGAGCAGGGAUGCCCAAUGCGCGCAAACUGGAGAGGGAGAAAAGGUUAAGAAGAGCAAAGUACGAACGAAGGACAAAAAGAUUAACACCAUUGUAAGCAAUCGUACGUUUCUGGAGCUGUUGAGGAGGGAGGAGAGGGUGGCGACAAACGGCACACUUGGGAGGGGUAACAUAAUGAACCGCAGUGAUCGCAAUGAUCGAAGUGGUAGGAGUAGCUUACGAUUUGGAAGCGAGAGGUGCACCCGCAUCCCCAAGGAGACCUACCCCUACUACCACUACUUCUACAGCAAUAUGAUGGCCGAGUCGGAGGGAAGACCUGUUGUCAGCAGAAGCCGCAUGUGGCCACCAACCCAAGUGGAAAAAAAAGAAUCCAAUGGUGUGUUCCCCCCCAGGGUAACUCUCUCGGAGGAAAAUUAUUUAUCCUUGUGCAGUCAGCUUAAGGAGUGUAUCUACCAGACCUAUUUCGAGGAGUGCGCCCCGGAUGCGUACGAUGGAGGGCAGCCUUUCGAGAAAACACCCCAACGGUGCGACGAUUGGACUGACCAGGGAAAGCAAAACGGGGAAAAUAGGGAUACGCAAAAUGACCAAGCUCUGAAUAGCGGCAGCCAAAUGGAGACAGCAGCUCCCCAAUGGAAUAGCCUUUUCUGGAAGGAGAAGGAGAAGACCCUUCCAAAGGAUGGCUUUUCUGCCCAUUCGAUUAGCAGAGGGAAGAACACAUGUUACAAGCUACCAUUCAACUGUUGCGGCGAUUUGAAUAGAAUUCUAACUGGCGAAAUGAAUUGUUCCUCUCUCCUCUGGGGGUGUAAAAGGGGAGCGUAUAGCCAAGGUAGUAGCGUGCCAAAGAGGAAGCGAACUGGUCGAAAGAGAUCAACCACAUCGAGCAACUCCUCCUGGGAGAGAAAAGACAAGCUUAAGAUGACACGUGCAGUUAGGAAGAAUUAUCCAUAUUUACGUUAUGACACGAUUCGGUCUAAAUGCAAGCAUAGGUAUUAUUACCACCGGGUUGGUGGAGCGGCGAAUGGGGAAGAGGGCUCAGAAGGGGAAACGAAUCAAAUGGCUAACUGCACCAGGGACGAUGACCAUUACAUAGAGGAGCAGCAGAAUGAACGCACAUGUUUGGAAAUGUCCAAGGGGAGGGAUAAUACAUACGAGUUCCCCAUUUCACAGAACCGGAACAAGGGGGUUGUUGUUGAUUUGGGGGAGAAGAUCCUCAUGGACGAUGAACCUUAUAGAAGUAUAUACGAUAAAGAGCGGGUGGAUAAUUUUAAAAAAUUUCUGACCAUAUAUAAUUCACAUUUUGAGGGAGACAACAAGGGUAGCUUGAUUGGAAGUUUUACAAAAGAACAGAGUGGUCCAACAUGUGUGACGGCUAUGUUCGACCAAGCUGUGCAGGCACACGUGGGGGGAUGGAAGGGAGAAGAGUACGCAUACACAGGGGUCGACACGCGGACGGUUAUUAAUAAGGUUUCGAGUGGGAAGAGGGGUGGUGAUGCUACUGACUGUGUUAUUGGCGGAACGGAGAAGGGGGGGGACAGCAGCGCAUACCAAAUUGGCAGCCAAAUGAAUAUCCCUUACAACUGCUGCCGUGUUAACCCACUUUACAGAUCUAGCCAUUCAAAUGAGGUGAACCAAGUUAGCAAUAAUUCAGCGAUCGGAACAGGGGGGAGAGGAGGAUAUGGCAGCAACGACUGCGACACAAGUUGGGGUGUGCUUGACGUAAAAAGGGGGAACACGCCCUUUGCAGCGAACAGUAGCAAUUGGCCUGGAGCACUCCCUAUCAGCAAGAGGGACACGGAUGCAAGUGCCCCCCUUGUUCACUGGUUAAACCCACUUCAUCACAGAGGAGUGGCACACUUGGCCCAUAUCCCCCCUGGCCACUUACCCAAAAAUGGAGUUGGAUCUACGGGGAAUGAAACAAUUAGGUAUCACAAUUCACUUAAUCAGUUCUUCGACAUAAACACGAAGAAUUUUGAAGCCAUCAAUAGGUACCUUCGCUCUCAUGUCUUGUACACACACACGUCGCGUGACACGUGA